AGAAAACAAAACAUUCCUCUAGGGCCUUGAGGAAUUGGUAUAUAGGGCCUUGGUAUAUAGGGCCUUGACAUUCCUCUUCGGGGAAAUUCCAAGGGAAAUUCGUCUAGAGUGGGGCUGUGGAGUUAGUACUGAUUUUGGGCUCAUGUAUCAUCAUUCUUGCUGAAUAUCAUUGGCCUGCUGUGACGUUUUUUUUGUUGCAUCCAUAUUAUUCUAGGCAUGGUCAAAAUUAAACUGCUGCUUGUCGGCCCGGUUCAGUCUGGGAAGACGCACCUGGCCAAUUUCCUGGCGGACGCGUUUGAAUUCUCUGGCGACGAGUACUGGCCGACGAAGGGCGCGCGGAUUCUCGAGUUUGACGUGCGGGACAUCAACGUCAACAACAGGAAGGACAAGGUGGACGUGGAGCUGUGGGACGUCAGCGGCGACCGACAGUACGAGGGCUGCUGGCCGGCCAUCCAGCACGAGGCCAACGGUGUACUGUUCGUGUACAGCGCCUCGCGGGUGGAGCGCGACGCCCGCGAGCUGGAGGCGCUCUACACGAGCUUCGUGCAGCAGCAGGGGCUGCGCGACUCGCAGUGUCUGGUGAUCGCGCACCAGCAGGGCGCCGACCCCGGACACGCCGGCAAACUGCCCGGCUCGUCGUUUGCCACCAUCCCGCAGGUGGACGCCAACCUGGACGCCAACACCAACCAGAUCCGGUCCGACUUCAACGGCUACGUGUCCCAGGUGGCCGGCAUGGUCAGCGAGGCGCGCGAGAAGGCCGAGCGCGACAUCGUCGGCAAGUGAGGCCGCGCCGCGCCGCGCCCACAGCGGCAGCGAGACGGCGGCGGGACACCGGUACGGGAUCAGCUACCAUCCACACGUCACCAAUCAGAACCACUAUAGGUUGCUUGGCUUUCAAGUAAUUGUGUUGGAGGAAGCAAUGAACUUUUCUGACUUAGCAGCGUGACAUGCGUUUCCUGCGUGUUUUUUUCCGCAUCACCAUUCGUUCCGAUAUUCGCUGUCGUACUACCAAGUAGCUGAAUAUUCUGUGAUCUGUCCCACCACUGUCCUCGCCGAUAUGUUCGGUCCAGAGAAGUUAUGAGCGCUGUGACCCGGUGGCCACUCGCCGUCCGACGGCUCACGGCGGCAGCACGGACACGCACCUCUCGGUGGUUACUAGGCGGGGCCAUCCUCAUCACGGAACUGUGACGCCAGCGGUCUGUGGCCGCAGUCGGCUGUACUCCGUGCAGUGCACUUGUAAAGGGCAUCGUGUGUUGUUCCGUUAUCGUGUGCGUCUCCGUCCAUAUUUACCACCUGCCUUAUCCACGAGCCACGCGUUGUAUAAUCAUAAAGAUCCAAUUGUAGAAUAUCUUAUAAAUAUAUUCUUUGGGAACA